UAGUUGGUUUGACAGCUCAUUUGAUAUAAAAUUCAAAAUAGCACAACAUACACGGAGAGUGGUUAAUACGCUGGGAAUUGUUUAACCUGUACAGGUCUGCGCAUGAUCAGUACAGAGUCGAGACAUGUCGGUUCAUCCAUCGGAGACAUUCUACGGCUGUCCACUUCCUAAAAAACUUCUUGAUUACAGAUCCUCUGAAUCCAGAACUCGUCUCUGUCGCGCUCUACAAACUGGUUAUGCUGUCCCCUUUCUAUCUCUGUCAUCGUGCUAUAAUACUCAAUCACAACUGACGUACAGUGGGCUCAAUACGUUAGCCAUUAUUUUGAACUCCUUGCAGAUAGAUCCUCGACGGAAGUGGAAAUCUAUUUGGCGAUGGUAUACAGAUGAACUGUUAGACAACUUUUUUUAUAAAGACGGUGUCAAAGGGCCUGAAUCUACUUUAGAAGAAUUUGUUUACUUGGCAGAAUGCAAUGGGGCUACUGCAACUAUUGUGAGACCAAAUAGCUCGAUAGGGCAUUUCGAGAAAUUUGUUCAAAGCCUUGAGAGAGUGUGCACUGGAGGGAGACUAGCCAGCGAAAAAAAUUACAACGACGAAAUUCCAAGAGAGUUAAUGGCGAUAUUAUAUUCGAGGGAGGCUGUCGGGCAAAUCGGAGGUGGUCACUAUAGUCCCGUUGCUGCAUUGGACAGAGAAACAAACUCUGUAUUGAUGUUAGAUACAGCAAGGUACAAGUAUCCGCCACAUUGGAUUCCUGUUGAACUGAUAUUUCAAGCGAUGUUGCCAAUAGACAUCGUUACAGGCAAGAGUCGAGGAUACAUUGUCUUAGAGGCCAAAGACGAAAAGACUCGUCUUAACGAAAACGACUAACGAUGUGUUUUGUUUCCUUACCCCUGAAUGAAGCAGACGAUUUCUUUCACAGAUUCUCGAAUUGAGGGUCUGGCUCGCAAAAUUGCGUCGAUGUAUUGCUAAGGAAUAUAGCCGUCUCUCUAGUGAUUGUUCCCGGUCAGUUUGGCGAUCUCGGGAGAGAGCGCCUCAAGCGAAGAAGAAUCUGGCUUUUGAAACCGUCUGAGAAGGCUAUAUUCGAGGGCUAAUUUAACGCUAUGCAGUAGUAUCUUGGCAAAAAUCGUUCCUCUACUUCCUUCAUCUGCAAUAGUUUUGGUCCUUUUCAGUUUAACAACAAAAAUACGUUAGAAACUCCAGUAACGGUUGAUACAUUUUGGAAUUUUAUUUUAUUGAAUUCUCGGUUGGUGUAUGCAUAAUUUCAAAAGGUGACAUCGCUUGUAAAUGUUUAUUCACAAUUAUUUCAUCAGCUUGUUUCCAGACCAAUACCAAGUGUACUCAUGCAAGUUAUUCUUAUGAUCAGUUGUUUAUCAUGCACUUUCAAUUUAGCCAUCUUGCUGCAUUUCUUAGCUGUUGUAGUAAAGAAAAACAACCCGAAAUGUCCAAAAUUAUGGUUUUAGGGUGAGCAGUCUUGUACUUUAAUAAUUUGCGAUUGCAUGAUGGUCGCUCGAAAUAUCAUAAUUACAAAAGUAAUUUAUCGACAGAACGUAUGAAUGAAUCGCGACUGCUGCUGAUGACAAGCAAUACAUGUAAUUUUCAUGACAAAAGUUUGUCUUAAGUUUUUUAUAAAUGAUUAGUAACAUCCUGUUCCGUUGUAUUCAGUAUUGGUUGUGGUCAGUUAAUUGACGUCAGAGUAGUAAGGGGUUCCGGUCGACUUCGUGUUCAAACAAGCCUUUAGAAAAGUACUUUAUGACAGCCCUAAUUUGGUGAUCCGUGAAAUGUAAACGCGGUUGACCGUCGAAAGCUAUGUAAGGCUGUUUUCCUCCUUUCUUAUAUUCGCGCGGGAAUCUAUGAUGGAAAAUUAGUUAUAAGGCUUGUCGCAAGGGAUGCAUGUGAUGUGUUGGUAUUAUGGCAAUGUUGUUUUGCUUCCUAAUUAACGUUGUUUUUUGUGUGUUUUUCUUGUUUUUGUCUGUGUUUUGUUUUGUUUUGUUUUGUUUUGCUUUUUCUCCAAGCCAUUUUCACAGUUGGUUUUAUUUUGCAUAUUUACUUCCAUCUCAUCAAUGCAUUCUGAUUGUUUUCGUCCUUGUAAAGUUAAGUUUAACCCACGCAAAG